UGUGGCCGGAAUUUGGAUUUCACACGUGCCGUGGAAUCUUGUUGUUUUCUGUGAAUAGAAUACCGAAAACCGACCUAACGAUGGCCAGUACUCGGUUCUUCUUGGCUGAUCUGCCGGACAGGACCGUGGAGGCGGAUCUGCACAGCCUGUUCCAGGACUACGGCUAUGUGGAGCAUGUGGAUCUGAAGCGGAAGGAGCAGGAUGGGGCCACCAAGGUGAUUGCCUUCGUCACCCUGCAAACGGACGAUGCCCAGUACUGCGUGAACGAACUGAAAUGGCAGAAGCUGCAUGGCGAGAAGCUGCGUGUGUCCCUGGCCAGGGAGUCCUUUCUGGACCGACUGAAGCGGGAGCGCGAGGAGAACGAGCGGCGGGAGCAGGGCGAGCCAGCCGACAGCGAGGUGUUCACGGAGAAAUCCCAGCUAUUGGCCCAGAGCAACCAAAACAAGCGCAGGGUUUUCGGCGAGGACGAGGAGAUCGGCGACGACGAGGUUUCUGCGGAUCUGCUGAUCACCAAGAAGCGCGCCGCCCACUCUAUUCAAAACGGCCGGAUUGUCAUACAGCAGGAGUUCGACGCUAAGCCGCUGCACGUCAUCGAACAGCACCGCAAGCCAGCCAAACAGCAGCCGGACACCCAGGUCAGCCAGGCGGAGCAGAAGCGCAAGGAGUCGCUCAACAAGAUGCGGCAGGGCCACCAGCAAAAGAAGUCCGCCAUCCAGCAGGCGCUUUCUGCAAUAUCCGUGGACGGCGGCCAGGCCAAGAGGAUCAAGUUCAGCGACGCCGAGGAAGAGGAGGAGGCCAAGCCCGCCCAGAAGUCCAAAAAGCAAAAACGCGAUCUCUUCGAAGGCGACGAGGAUGAGGAGGAGGAGGAGCAGGUCGUCCUGCCGCAGCACAAGGGCAAGAAGGGCGAGCGUCUGGUGGAGAUGCAAAGCAAACAGAGCAUAGAUCCCCGCUUUCGUAUCACAUCCAAUUUUGUCGACGAGGAGGAGGAGGAGGGAGCGGAAAUAGAAGCCCCUGAAGAUCAGAAAGAGCCGGAGGAAAGUGAGCGCAAGUGGCAGAUGAACAUUCUGGAGCAGGUUGUGGGGCAUAAGAUUGACAAUAAUGACGGCAAGCCGGCGAAGAGCAAGAAGAUGCUGCGUUUCGAUCCGGCCAAGGAGGACCAUCAGAAGCUAAUGCGCCAAAAGCAGCCCAAGGAGGAGGAGACUCCCAAGACCAAGACCAAGGACAAGGAGGUUAGCAAAAAUCAAGAUGUCCCAGCCCCCGUCUCGAAAACGGCCUUCUACAUGGUCACCGACACUCUAAAAGAUUCCCUGAACACCCGCGGCGGGGGUUUCAGCCUGCUGGACAUGUUUGGCAGCGCCCCAAGCGAGGAGGUGGCCAAGCGCCAGGACCAAUUGGAGAAGCUGGGCCAGGAGAAGAUCCUGGUGGGCAAGGCGUCCGCCAGCAAGCUCGGCCUGGCCCCGCUCAAUCCGUUUUCCUACGACUCCUCCGACAGCGAGGAUGAAGCCAAACCACCCCAAGAGGAGCACGAACCGGAGGUUAGCAAGGAAAACCAGGCACAGCCAGUGAAGCAGUCCAAACAGAAGAAGAGCAAAAUCAAACUGGAGUCCUUCUUCAUACCCAAAAACGACCCUCGGCUCAAGGAGGGCGCCAAGUUCUUCAAGUCCACUAAGGCGGAGGUGGAUCAGGCCGACUACGACCAAGUGAGGAAUCGCCUGAAGCUGCUGAUCAGCAACAAGAUCGCCAAGACCAAGAAGAACCUGCCCAGCAAGAACAUCAAAGAGUACCGGAAUAAAAAGGCAAAGCGCUAAUACCCUUGGGCUGAUUCGUAGUUUCAACUCUACGGACUUUAGUUUUAGGCUUUUACCUCUGUAAAAUAAACCACAUUUGUUUUUUUUUUUCUUUAAUCGUA